UGACUUUUGGACAACGUCCUAUGUUUGGUGUAGACAGUGGACAUAACUCACGUGAUGAUAUGAAAUGAAACGUUAGGUAAAAUACAGCCUGCCUAUCUUAGCUACAGUGCAUUUUUUGUUCACUUUUAGGUGAAACAUGAAACAACGGGAACUUAAAUUUCGAGAGUUUCCGAGACAUAAUUGGAAUGGCUGCAUUUCAAACGUUCCGAAACAGAACACCAAGCCGGUACAGCUAUACUCUUCUUGAAAACACGGAUUCCGACGCAGAUUCUGUACGGCGACGGUCGGUUUCUUCACAAAAUGGCAGUCAGAGAUCAGCGCCAUUGCUUUGUGACAAAUGUUGGCUAAGACAGGAAAGAAAUCGCGCCAGUAAACGCUGUCUUGAUUGCAAGCAAAAUCUUUGCACGCUUUGUGCACGUGCCGACGAAGUCACGCGACCAUGGUGGAUUCCGAGUUGGAUGGUACAAUGUUGGCGAUUUUUGUUUACAAAAACUUAUAUCCCACAUUCGAUAGUUAACCUCGAAGCAGCUGAAAAUGAAAACACUCAUUGGGCUCACACACAAGAGGCGAGUCAUGUCCAACCUAUCCCAAGAGUUAAACAAUCUAGCCUUCGGUCUAAUAAAAGCAGAGCAUCUGUAGAUACUAACAGGUCACACCAGCCUAAAUCUAUACAUUCUUCUUUUACAAAACUGAGAGACAUAGAAGAGCCUCCGAGAUCUGAAUUCAGGAACCAGAGACUUUUCCACUCUCAGAGUUUCGAUGCAAAGGAAAGAAAGAGACAAAAUAAUGCCCGCAGACCGAGAAGAACCCGAAGCUCAGAAGAAUUGAUAAAAAGACACCGGAGUGACAAUUUAGAGCGUCUCAAACGAUACAAUGAGAAUUGGGAAAUGAGUUUCAAACUUGCUGAUUCUAAAGAAAAUGAAACAGUGAUAGGACGGCGACACUGUGGUAAUAAAAUGCUAGGAAAGGAUGUUAAUAUAGAAAUAACAAAUGAUAAUGAAAUAAAACUAAGUGUCAAUACAAAUAAAUCUGAUAAACCUCAAGUACCAAAAUCAAAAAGUAAAAGAAAGUCAAAAGACAAUACCCCUAGACCUUAUACGGAACAGAUCUUUGAAGAGGUACCGAUAUGGUUUAAGAAAUCACCAAAACACCCUUCAAAUGAAAGACCAAAGAGUAAAGGUAGUUCACAGGAAAUGAGAAAGCAUUCCGAUAUUUCUAAUCAUGAUAAGUUUUCAUCAGAAGAAAGUAUAAACAUGAAAAGAAAACCUAACGAUCAUCCCCAAAAUGCUAAUUAUCAUUUCAAUCAAGCCAAUCCAUGGCCUACACGUCGGCCGCGUGACCCAAAUACGGAAUUUGUUGAUUCAUUAAACGAGAAGCAAAAUGAAAACUCUGAUUCCAAUACAGAAAAACAUUUUAAAAGAGAUAACAGGUAUACAGGAAACCACAACACUGCUUAUAUUGUUGAAGAACCACCGGAGUCCUGUCCGAUAUGUCUUGAAGAUUUGCCUGGAGCAGAGGCAAGGGGGUUAUCUUGUUGUCAUUCAAUACAUACAAGAUGUUUGAUUACAUACCUGUACAAAAUGGAGCUUGACUUUGGUAUUAGAUGUCCACUCUGUGCACAAACAACAAUUAUUAGGAAUUAUUACGCACCAAAGCAACAGUGGUAUAAGGAGUUACCUAUUUUCACGACUGUUUGAUAUCAUGACAGUUCAUUAGUAAUAAACUAUACUUGGACUAAAUUAUUUUUCUUUUGUAGUUAACUUCUUCUGCCAAGAUGAUUUUGCUUAAAUCUGGCAAAAAAAAAUUGUUACUUUAUAUAACAAAAUGUUCUUGUUUAAUUGCGCCUAUGUAGACGUUGUACACAUUCAUGAA